UCUAGUUAUAAACGUCGAUCUGGACGAUUUUCUGUUUUCGAUGACCCUGAAGGUUCCAUAUACGCGUCUUUAGAGUCUGAAUUACAUUGUGCUCGUGACGAAAAUCGCCGUUUGGCCGAAAUAAACAACAUUCUAAACGACAUGAGUAAUAAACUUGAAAAUAAAAAUAACAAAACGUUAUUUGAAGAUAAAUCCUUCCUUAUCCGCAAAAUUGAAGAUACUCAAGCAAAAUUUCAGGCUCACUUGGAAAAGUGCGAACCUGAGAAGGCCGCUCUUACUGCUGAUUUUACAAGGCAACUCGACCAUGCUGCUUUUAUACAAUCCGAAUAUGAUGAAAAACUUCAAUUAUAUGAAAAGAAAAUUCGUCAAGAUCGAC